AUGACAAGAGGAAGCAUCAAUGAAAACAAGCGGAGUCCAGAUGAAAAUAUACAAGCGCAAACCAGUACGACGGUGAUGUAUACAACACCAAUAUGUAGGUUCCAUCCCAGAAAGUCAAAUGCCAAUUUGUUCCUAGUGGCUAUUGGCCUCACAUCCUCGUUUCUCCAGAGUCUCCAACUCCUUAAUAUCCAAGACCACAGGGCCGGUAUCCCAAUGACAGCGGUGAUUAUCGACAAUAUGUCCUGUAUGGACAUCGAGGUUGUGUACCUGAUGCCGAAAUACAGACCUAAUGGCAAGAUGGAGUUCGAAAAAACAAUAAUGGUCCAGUAG